GGGGCAGGCAAUGUGUGUGUUGCUGAGCGCGGACAGAGACGCGACCAUCACGAGAGGAGGCUGAAAUCUCGCUCUGGGAUCAGAUAUUUACGCUGUUUUGGGGUCUGAAUCAAUCUUUGGUUGGUUUGGACUCGUCGUGACUCGGACUCGGACUCGAUCAUUUGGAAUAAUCUGACGAUGGUUCGUUUUAAAUGCUGUUUUCUGCGGAGCUGCAGCUGAUCUUUCAUUCCGAGUCCUCCCGGAUCUCUCAGCGUCAUGGAUCUUCGGGAGUCCGCCGUCCUCAAACUUUUCAUGGUUGUGUUUGUGGCAAAUGUGUCAAUGAUGAGAGAUUUAACAGGGGCAGACAGUGUGACGCCUCCACCCCCUCACAGGUGGAUGUGUAAUGAGUCUCGUCUGCAGUGGGAGGUGGAGGUGUGUGGAGACGACUUUAAGAGAAACAUGGACCACGUGGAUCCUAAAUUCUGGUGUAACCUCACACACUUCAUCAGUGAGUACAACCUCUUCAGCCUCUGCACAGAGACCAAGUCGAAGGGCGUUGAGUGUUAUUGGCCCAAUCCUCUGGUAGAGAGCUACAUCAUCCGCAUACACAAGACCUUUUUCUCCAACUGCACCAACAAACCGAUGGAAUUGGUGGACCCGCCCAACGAAACGCUCACUCUCCUCAUCCUAAUCCCGGUGUUCCUCACAUUGGCCAUGAUCGCUGUGGUGGUUUGGUGCAGCAAGAGGAGCGAUUUGUUAGCUUAGCAUCAGAGGAAAAUGCUCUAAAAUCAGACUGUACAAAGUUUUCAGUUGUGCAAAAAAAGAUGUGAAACUGAUGUGACAAAGACCAAAGUGAUGUGUUUAUCUUUUAUAAAUUAAUAUAUGAUGUUUAAUAUUUUAUAUUCUGACACUCUAUCAACACAAUCUGUGCUGCUUUAAAUCUUAUACUUCAAAACAAACAUGUAAAGACAGUAAACAGGAAGAUACAGAGAGCCGCUGUCCAUCCACAGGAAGCGAGAAUCC